GAGCAGCGUAGCAGGAACUACAGCAGUAGCCGGCUAAACGCUAACUGCCGUUUUUCAGAGGUGUCAGUGUCACCUGUGAGGCUGCAGGUCAUGGGUUUGACUAAGCAGUACCUGCGCUACGUCUCCAGUGCCGUGUUCGGCGUCAUCGGCAGCCAGAAGGCCAACAUCGCAUAUGUGAACCUCAGAGGAGAGAGGGGGCGCUACGUCGCCGUGGCCGCCUGCGAGCACGUCUUCAUCUGGGACGUUCGGAAGGGAGAGAAGGUGCUGAUCCUUCAGGGUCAGAAACACGAGGUGACCUUCCUCUGCCCGUCGCCCGACGGCGUCCACAUCGCCGUGGGUUACGAGGACGGCGCCGUGCGGAUCUUCAGCCUGAUGAACGGCGAGAGCAACGUCUCCUUCAACGGACACAAGUCUGCCGUCUCCGUCAUGAACUACGACGGGCUGGGAGCGCGACUGGUCACCGGCUCCAAGGACACGGACGUGAUCGUGUGGGACAUCAUCAACGAGUGCGGCCUGUACCGACUCAAAGGCCACAAAGACUUCAUCUCGCAGGCUCUGUUCCUCACUGACAAGAACCUCCUGGUCACCAGCUCCAAGGACAGCUUCGUGAAGUGGUGGGACCUGGACACGCAGCACUGCUUUAAGACCAUCGUGGGCCACCGUAGUGAGGUGUGGGGCAUGGUGCUGCUGAACCAGGAGAACAGGCUGUUAACAGGCUCUGCAGACAGUGAACUACGAGCCUGGGACAUUGACUACCUGCAGGAGGAAAAAGCUGCAGGUGAACCAAAGGUGAAGAAGGGGAAAACUUUGCUGGACGAUGAUGAUGAUGGUGAUGAAGAAGAGGGGGAUGAAAGUAUUGAGGAGCGAAUCCUGAGCUGUAAAAAAUCGGGCUCCGUCCUGAGAGAAGCCAGAGACCGAGUGGUGUCUCUGACGACCGACGCCAAAGCCCGAGUCAUCGCCUGCCACGGCAACGACUCGGUGCUGGAGCUGUUCACGGUGCUGACGGAGGGCGAAGUCAGGAGGAAAAUGACCAAGAAGACCAAGAAAGCCAAGAAGAUGGCGGCCAAAAGAGCUCAGGAUACGGGAGAGGAGGAGCCAGAGGAGCCGGUGGUGGAGAAGAUGCUGAAGGACGAGAUCGUCAGACUGACAAACCUCAGAGCUUCUGCCAAGAUCAGGUGGGUGGACUGCAUGACGUGUGCGGGCAACGAGCUGAAGGUGGCGCUGCUGCUGCAGAAUAACACCAUCGAGACGUACACGCUGAAGAUGGCCGACAAGGCGCCCGCCGCCAACAAGACGGCUCGCCUCACGCUCGGCGGGCACCGCACCGACGCACGCACGCUCGCCUUCAGCUCGGACAACCUCGCGGUCCUGUCCGCGUCCGGGGACACGGUGAAGGUGUGGAACAGGGCGACGCUGCAGGUGAUUCGCACCAUGGCCUGUGAAUACGCCCUCUGCUCGCUCUUUGUCCCGGGAGACAGACAAAUCAUCCUGGGAACUAAGAGCGGGAAACUGCAGAUCUUUGAGUUGGCCUCAGGAAGCCUCCUGGAAACUGUGGAGGCCCACGACGGAGCCCUGUGGUCUUUGUGUUUGGCUCCAGACCAGAGAGGGAUUAUGACAGGCAGUGCAGACAAGACCGUGAAGUUUUGGGAGUUUGAGCUCAUCAAGGACAACGAGAGCGUGCAGAAGAGGCUGACGGUGAAGCACACGCGCACUCUGCAGUUGGAGGAGGACGUCCUGUGCGUGAAGUUCUCUCCCGACCACAGGCUGCUGGCCGUGUCUCUGCUGGACUGCACCGUCAAGGUCUUCUACACGGACACGUUAAAGUUCUUCUUGUCUCUCUAUGGACACAAGCUGCCAGUGCUCUGUCUGGACAUCUCACAUGACAACACGCUUAUCGCCACAGGAUCCGCCGACAGGAACGUGAAGAUCUGGGGUCUGGACUUUGGCGACUGUCACCGCUCCAUGUUUGCUCACGAUGACAGCGUCAUGUUCCUCCAGUUUGUCCCCAAGACUCAUCUGUUCUUCACAGCGGGGAAGGACAAGAAGAUCAAGCAGUGGGACGCAGACAAGUUUGAGCACAUCCAGACACUGGAGGGUCACCAUCGCGAGGUCUGGUGUCUGGCCAUCAGCCCCAGCGGCGACCACAUUGUGUCGUCGUCCCACGAUAAGUCUCUGCGUCUGUGGGAGAGAACAAGAGAGCCGAUCAUCCUGGAGGAGGAACGGGAGAUGGAACGAGAGGCAGAGUUUGAGGAGAGCAUGGCCAAAGGAGACGUGCCUGUGGUACCAGGAGAAACUCCAGGAGAAGCCGCUCCGGCAGGAAAGAAAACGGUGGAGACGGUCAAAGCUGCGGAGAGAAUCAUGGAGGCUCUGGAGCUUUACAAGGACGAGCUCAGGAAGAAGGAGGAGCAUAAAUACGCUUGUAUGCACGCAGGCAAAGAGCUUCCUCCACCAAAACCAAAUCCCAUCCUCGUGGCCUUUGGAAAUAUCACACCGGCUCGCUACAUCUUAGACGUCAUAAAGAAAGUCAGAUCCAGCGAGCUGGAGAUUUCUCUGCUGGUGCUGCCGUUCCCUUACGUCCCCGAGCUGCUGCAGCUCUUCAACGGCUACAUCCAGCAGGGCCUGGAGGUGGAGCUGGUCUGCCGCUGCCUCUUCUUCCUGCUCAAGAUCCACUUUGGUCAGAUCUCCAGUAACCAGAUGAUGCUGUCCGUCAUCGACGAGCUGCGGAGCAACACUCUGUCCAAAGUGCGAGGAAUCAGAGACAUGAUGGGCUUCAACAGCGCCGCCCUGCAGUUCCUCCAGCGCGAGAUCGAGAGCAAGGAGGACGUGACGUUCUUCGCCGAAGCCACGGGGCGACUGAAGGAGAAGAAGAGGAGGAGGAGGAAGAGGGAGCGAGUCGUCCUCACGCUCACCGCGUGAAUCUGGACUGUUUGUGUUUACGUUUGUGUUUUUUUUGUUAAUAAAAUCUCCUCCCACCCGUUUGGAGGAUUCACUCUUGAA